UACCGGAGUAUCAUCAAAAUAUUACAUUUAUUUAUAAAUUAUCUAGUUUUUCAUAUUAUUAUGUUACAUAAGAUAUUUGCUUGAAAUUUGCAUACAUAAUCUCAUUAUGGUAUCAUAUAUCAUUACAUAAUUAUACACAAAAUAUAUUAUCGUACUUUAUGUAUAAUCGUGAUAAGAUUGAAAAAAAAAGAAGUGAAACCAUCGUCCAUCACAAUAUACUGUGCGAACGGCAAAUAAGCAAGCUAUCAGGUAACGAUUAACAACGCAUACCGCAUACGACACACGGACACGGUGAUGGGCGGUAAACGGCCUUCGAAUCUUAAUGCAGUUGUUUCUCAACACGUAUUUUUCUGGUAAAAUAAUAAUAAUUUGUAUUCGGUCCGAGAUGACGAUCUGUGUAUCACUGCCACAUUUAUGUGUGGACAUGUGAAUCGAGCGCACGCGACUCGCAGUGUGUUAUUGAUCAAGGUAGACGAUAUCAGUGUCAAUCUAGACAUCGUCUAGUAGACUAGUUGUCACGAUGAACGAAAACGACAAGGGCUCGUCGUCGAUGGUCAUCGGAUACUGGAUGUCCGACAGAAAGAGCCAGAAACUCAAUUGGAUCGAGUUUGGAAAAGUGUGCAGGCAGCAUGGAUAUGAAUUAGUGAAAUUGGAUCUUGAAAAACCGUUAGAAGAUCAAGGGCCAUUUGCAGUAAUUUUACAUAAACUUACUGAAAUAAUUGCUAGAAAUGAUGAAAAGGCAAUUCAAAUCAUAGAUAGAAUUGAACAGUAUAUUAAGGAUCAUCCAAAAGUAUUAAUCAUUGAUCCAUUAGAUAGUGUUCGUACCCUGCUCGAUCGCUACAAAACGUAUAAUGUCGUGUUGAACACCACCUUGAACAAUAUUGAUGUUUUUACACCAACAUUUGUGGAAAUUCUGUCAACCAAUGUGAAGGAGAACAUUAAAAAACUAAAAAAUGCUGGAGUCACGUUUCCAUUCAUUUGUAAGCCGUUUGUAGCUCAAGGAACAACUUACUGUCAUCAGAUGUCUGUAAUUUUUAAUGAACGAGGUGUAGCUGAUUGUAAGCCCCCAUGUGUCGCUCAAUCAUUCAUUAAUCACAAUGCAAUUUUGUACAAAUUGUAUGUAGUUGGAGAUCAUUAUCAAAUGGUUGAGAGACCAUCAUUGAAAAAUUUUUAUGCUUCAAAUGAUGACCGUGAUACAAUUACUUUUGAUAGUCACUCGGUGUCUAAAUCAGAUUCAAGUAGCGAACUUAGUGUACUUGACCCUUCUGAAAGUGCCAAAGGAUCUUCCAUAGAUCCAAUCAAAUUGCAUUCUAUUGUCAAAAUUCUUGGCAGUUAUCUAAACAUGUCCCUAUACGGUGUUGAUGUUGUUGUUGAAAAUGAUACCAAUCGGCAUGCAAUUAUUGAUAUUAAUGCAUAUCCUGGUUAUGAUGGAUUUCCAGACUUUUUUGGAAAACUUAUAGACUGUGUAAUAUCAAGACGUGCUCAAUCAGUAUGUUCUAAAGCAUAUUUUGAAGACUCUGGGUUUGAUACUAGUGAUUCAAGCGAUGAAAAAAAAUCUCGCGCCAAACUAAAUUCAAUUAAUCAAUAUAAUUAAAACUGAUCAAUUAUCUUUGCCUAAAAUUUGUAUACUUGUUUUUUGUGUAUACAUUUUAUAUUUCGUCAAUCUGAUUUUUUAAUCUAUUUGAUAAGUUAAAUGUAUUGUUAAUACUUCUAUUAGUUUUUUAAGUGUUUUUUAAAUUAUUGUUUUACAAUCUGAACUGUUUAUGUUGCAGAACACCAAGAUUUUAAGAUAAUCACGCUAAAAAUAAUUGAUAAAAAAUAUUUUUAUACAUAUAUAUUUAUAAUAAAAUAAUACAAAUUAAGUACCUAUGUUUUCCAGUUGAAAUAUAUUUUUCAAACAAU